CGCUCGAGUCACUCGAGGUGCUGCCCAUCACCUCACCUACUAGCCCUUUCACACACCACCCAACAGAGAGCCGUGAACCAUGCCUUCCGAGCCGGACACGAAGAUCAUCAAACUCAUUCAGGCUAGCGCCAAGGAGGCGCUGACGGAGGGCGGCGCUGGCUUCCAGUCGCUCGAGUUUUUCCCUCCGCGGACGGACACGGGCGUCAAGAACCUCAUGGAGCGGCUGGGCCGCAUGAAGGCGACCAAGCCCCUGUUCGUCGACUUCACCUGGGGCGCGGGCGGCAGCACCGCCGAGCUCACCCUCGACCUCACCACGAGAACCAAGAAGGAGCAUGGCCUGGUGCCCAACAUGCACCUCACGUGCACCAACAUGCCCGUCGACAAGAUCGAUCACGCUUUGGCCCAGUGCAAAGAGCACGGCAUCCGCAACAUCGUGGCGUUAAGGGGAGACCCUCCCACGGGCUCCGACACCUGGGAGGCCACUGAGGGAGGAUUCAGCUGCGCGCUCGAUCUCGUGAAGUACAUCCGGAAGAAUCAUGGGGACUACUUCGGCAUCAGCGUGGCGGGAUACCCGGAGGGGCACCCGAACAGGAUAAAGGAGGUGCCGGGAGGGGUGGAGUCGCUGAGCGAGGCGGAGAAGGGUCGGUGCAAGAUUUCCCAAGACGCGGAGGGAAAGGAGGUGGUCACCGUCUGCUCUGACGCUGACUUCGAGAUAGAGAUGAGCUACAUCAAGGAGAAGGUGGACGCGGGGGCGGACUUCAUCAUUACUCAAAUGUUCUUCGACCCCGCCGUCUACGCCUCGUACAUCAAGGCCUGCCGAGACAGGGGCAUCGAAGUGCCAGUGGUGCCAGGGCUGAUGUGCAUCAACGCGUACGGGGGUUUCAAGAAGAUGACCGGCUUCUGCCUCACCCGAGUCCCGCCUGAGCUCAUGGCAAAGAUGGAGGAGAUUAAGGAGGACGAGAAGGCCGUCAAGGCUUUCGGGGUAGACCACGGCGAGGAGAUGUGCAAGGCGUUGUUGGCCGCGGGGGCUCCCGGCCUGCACUUCUACACGCUCAACCUCGAGAAGGUUACCGUCGGCAUUCUGGACCGCCUGAACCUGCUCGCAGACUACAAGAUGGCAGAGAGGGAAGAAGACACCGCACAGAUGAUCGGCAUGAUCAAGUCGUCCAAGAAAUCGUCGGAGGAGAGCGGCCCUGAGAACGGUGCGGGCGUCACGCCACCCGCUCCUUCUUCCCUCGUACAGACCCACGACGAGGAGAGGGUGCUGACCCCCGCGUAAUCGCAUGCGGCGGUCGGGCGUAUCUGGUCUGUGACGCAAUUACUGCCUUGUUGGGUAGAAUACUUGAAAGGACGUGCUUCCCAGAAUCGAACCGCAUCUGCGCGUGAUGGUCUCGCUGUUAUGCCGUCACGGCAAUGGAGGUGCUUUUGUUCGUUUGUUGUUUUUUGGUUGCGGGUUCAUACGUGUUUUCUCAAGUCUGUUGGUUGCCUCCAACCGUGGUGGAAAGACGGCAGGGUGCAUGGUUUCACACAUGCACUCGCCCGUCAAAAUAAUUUGGGGGUGGGUGAGCGGGGUUCACGGUGUGUUUGUCGAAACGCGAGUUGGUUCUUUGCAGCUAAGGUGUUUGGUAUGUAGGCUGAUCGAUCUUCAGGUCCUAGAGUGGGUUCUUGCCGAUGUGGCGAGGGAAAGGAAUAGAGUGCUUGCUUCGCAACCCUGGCGAUGUGGGCGAUGAGACCCGUGUGCAGGAGGGGGUGCGGGUCGUUGGGGGGGGGGAAGGGUAUUCAUGUCAUGCAAACGCAUGCCGUAGUCGGUAGAACAUAGAAAACGCACCCUGCGAUGCCGGUUCAGAGCCAUAUGUCGUGUUUCCACCGGCCCAGUCUACGUGCUACAAAGCUGGUGAUGAUCCAGGGGCAAGGAUACUGUUAUUGGGGCCCAAGUAAUCCUUUUUUGAGAUGAGUCGGCUGCGCGACUUGAUAUUUCGUUAUUGCAAUCAAUGGUGAUGGUAACCGGUGAUGGUGCUCUCGUACGUAGCGAAUCCCGGCGAUUUGUGGCGUUGGUGGCAGGGGCAGGGGGUGCAGUACGGCGUGCGUCUGUGACGAGAAUAAGACACAACCGUUGCGCCCCACUUUGUCCACCAGAUGGUAGAAAUUGCACGUGAGAAAAAAAAUCAGGAUGGGUGAACUAUGUAACACUUGAAAUUACGCGGUUGCGCUUGAUGCUCAGCAUGGUCUGUUGUCAC